GGAUGCAUUACUGCAGCACGCGUGCAGGCGUUCAGGGCCGCAGCUUCAGAGACGUACUGUUCUCUGGAUACGCUGCAGACGGAGGCAUGUUCAUGCCCGAGACCAUCCCAUCACUGUCUCCUGAAACACUGCUCACGUGGAGCCGUCUGUCCUACCAGCAGCUGCUGUGUGAGAUCUGCUCCCUCUACAUCCCUGAGCAGGAGAUACCGCGACAUGAUCUAGAGGGGCUCAUUUCGCAGGCGCUGUCUAGCUUCUCCAUACCUGAAGCUGUGAGACUGGUUCAGCUGAAGGACUCGCUGUCCAUCCUGGAACUGUUUCAUGGAGAAACGCUGGCGUUUAAGGAUCUGGCCAUGUCCUGUACCUCUCAGUUCCUGCAGUACUUCCUGCGCAAAGAUGGCAAACGGGCCACAAUUCUAGUAGGUACGUCGGGCGACACGGGCGGCUCGGCCAUCAGAAGUGUGUUGGGUCUCAGUGAGGUGGACAUAGUGGUGGUCUUUCCCCGCAGACGCAUCACCAGAGUACAGGAACGACAGAUGACCACCAGCAUAGCGGACAACGUCCAUGUGUUUGCAGCUGAUGGGACGUCUGACGACAUCGAUGUUCCACUGAGGAAACUGUUUGCGGAUCCAGACCUGGUGCUACGUCAUGGUCUCAUGAGUCUGAACUCUGUGAACUGGUCCAGGAUCCUGGUCCAGCUGGCACAUUUCCUGUUCGCAUACCUGCAGCUGAGCAUGCCGCAGGCCAAAGGAGACGCUCUGCCCGUGCUGGAGGUGCUGGUGCCCACAGGAGGAGCGGGAAACAUCACAGCUGCAUACAUCAUGAAGCUGAUGGGAAUCCCUCUGCGUCUCGUGGCCAUGGUCAACUCCAACGACAUCGUCCACCGCGCACUCCAGAGCGGAGAUUUCUCUAUGUCCGACUCCGUCAAGCAAACUCUUGCUCCUGCCAUCGACAUCCAGUUGUGUGAGGUGUUGUCAUCCGGGUCGGUGUCUGAUGACGGGAUACUGGAGGCCAUGAGGAGAUGCUGGCAGGACAAUCACUAUCUCAUCUGUCCGCAUACUGCUGUAGGCGUGUGGCAGCACUAUCACACACCCAUCAGACCCGGAGAAAACAGAUGCUGCAUAGCGACCGCAUCACCUGCCAAGUUUCAGGAGGCCGUGCAGAAGGCUGGUUUGACCCUUGACCUCCCUGAAGCAGUGCAGGCGUUAGACACGCUGGAGACGCGCUAUGAAGUUCUGGAGCGAUCAGACGACUGGGAGUCCAAGCUGAGACGACACAUAGAGUCCAUCAGCUCAAUGAGACGACUCGGAGCAGCAGCAGAGACCAGAGAUUGACAUGAAGAUGAUUUGAUGAGCAUUUAAAAUGCAUGAGUAUCCGAUUUGUUUUCAACACCUGAAAGACUCGCAGCACUUUUUGAUCAUGAAUGUCAUGCACCUGUUUUUUUUCUUCUUCUUCUUCUUGCUAAGAUUGUGAUCAUGAUAAUCUAGUGGUGUAAUUUUUAUAGUAUGCAUGAAGGCAGAGUACAAGUCCUGAUACAAUAUAAUUUUUUAUAAUGAACCAAGCAAAAUUGCAACUGAACUUGACUGCCAGUGAUUGCCCAGUGUUUUCAUGUGAAGAACACUGCAAUCGGCUUUUAGAUAAUACUGUGUUUCAUGGGAAAAACCCACCUCAAAUAAAAAUAACUUAUUAUUUAUAAUGAAACUUUACUUAACUUUCACUGUAAUAAUUAUUUAAUUAUUGUUUAAUAAUUAAAUAGUUGAAUUAUCAAUUGAACUUGAGAACAUGCAGUUUUAAUGCCUUUACUGCUGCUGUUCCAGAAUAGUAAGGAUAUUAUAAGUCCUGCAUUGAUUGAGUCUUCUAUAGAAACAAAUCGAUUGAAACCAUCAGCAGCACAAGGCUGAACUGCACAUUAUCACUGUGUUUAACUGCACGAGUUGUUCUCCGUACUCCUUCAGAGAAACGCACCACACUUGCGACUUGCGUCUUUUGACAUGCAGAGCAGUGGGUCCCCAGGACUGGAGUUAAGAACUACUGCAUUAAAUGAUAAACCUCUUCGGUUGUGUUGUGUCGACAAAUUAAUAUUUUGUAAAUGUUCGAUGGAUUCCUUAAACCACCGGCAUACAACAACUCCUUGUUUCUGCAUGAAUCUCAUAGGCUAAAUUAUAUUUUGUCUUUAAACUGCAACAACUUUGGGGCACUAUUCAAUUUAUACCUAGAAUAAUUGUGAAACUUAAUUCUGCAAAAGUAAAAAUAUUUGUCUUUUUGGCUCAAAAUCAAAUGCGCUUCUUCGAUUUGAAUAUCCAUUAUGCU